GAAGUGGCUGUCUUCAGUUGACAGCUGCUGCUAAAGUGGCGGCAGCGAAGGCAGCGGCAGCGGCAGCGGCAGGCCCGGAGCAAGAUGGCGCUGCGGCCGGGAGCUGGUUCUGGUGGCGGCGGGGCCGCGGGAGCCGGCGCAGGGGCCGCGGGAGGAGGCAGCUUCAUGUUUCCUGUUGCAGGUGGGAUAAGACCCCCUCAAGCAGGCCUGAUGCCGAUGCAGCAACAAGGAUUUCCUAUGGUCUCUGUCAUGCAGCCUAACAUGCAGGGCAUUAUGGGAAUGAAUUACAGCUCUCAGAUGUCCCAAGGACCUAUUGCUAUGCAGACAGGAGAGAAGAGUAGAGAUGAUGCUUUGGAAGCCAUAAAAGGAAAUUUAGAUGGAUUUUCCAGAGAUGCAAAAAUGCACCCUACUCCAGCAUCGCACCCCAAGAAACCAGGCCCUUCCUUGGAGGAGAAGCUCCUAGUAUCUUGUGAUAUAAGUACAUCUGGGCAGGAACAAAUAAAAUUAAAUACCUCUGAAGUUGGCCACAAAGCCCUAGGCCCAGGUUCCAGUAAGAACCAUCCCAGUUUAACGGCCAGUAACGGGGGUGCUCUACUAGAUGGAUAUAUAAGUGGUACCACCACUGCCAAGGCAGAAAAGACUUCAGAUCAAAACCUGUCAAUUGAAGAGAGUGGUGUGGGAGUAUUUCCCUCACAGGAUCCUGUUCAGCCUGGAAUGCCUCCUUGGAUUUACAAUGAGAGUUUGGUUCCAGAUGCCUAUAAGAAAAUCUUAGAAACCACAAUGACUCCAACUGGAAUAGAUACUGCUAAACUGUAUCCCAUUCUGAUGUCAUCUGGACUUCCCAGGGAAACUCUUGGACAGAUAUGGGCCUUAGCUAAUCGAACUACACCUGGCAGACUUACAAAAGAAGAACUUUAUACCGUUCUCGCCAUGAUAGCAGUAACACAGAGGGGCGUUCCUGCAAUGAGUCCUGAUGCUUUAAACCAAUUCCCAGCAGCUCCUAUUCCAACUUUAAGUGGUUUUUCUAUGACUCUGCCUACGCCAGUGAGUCAGACAACUGUGAUACCAUCUACCCCUGCGGGCUCCAUGCCCCUCAGCCUUGGGCAGCCAGUCAUGGGCAUUAACCUUGUUGGACCAGUGGGUGGAGCUGCAGCCCAGGCUUCUGGUGGUUUCCUGCCAACUUACCCUGCAAAUCAGGUAGUAAAGCCAGAAGAAGACGACUUCCAGGAUUUUCAAGAUGCUUCUAAGUCAGGAUCCCUUGAUGACUCGUUCAGUGAUUUCCAAGAGUUGCCUGCUUCUUCAAAAACAAGUAACUCCCAGCCUGGAAAUAGUGCCCCUUCUUUGUUGAUGCCACUUCCUGGAACUAAAGCAUUGCCUUCAAUGGACAAAUAUGCUGUAUUUAAAGGAAUUGCAGCUGAUAAAUCUUCUGAAAAUACUGUUCCACCUGGAGAUCCUGGUGAUAAAUAUAGUGCUUUCAGAGAACUCGAACAGACAGCAGAGAAUAAACCUUUAGGAGAAAGCUUUGCAGAAUUCAGAUCUGCAGGAACUGAUGAUGGUUUCACCGAUUUUAAAACAGCCGAUAGUAUAUCACCACUAGAGCCAGCAACAAAAGACAAAACUUUUCCACCAUCCUUCCCCUCAGGAACUAUACAACAGAAACAACAAACACAAGUGAAAAAUCCUCUGAACUUAGCAGACCUUGAUAUGUUUUCCUCAGUUAAUUGCAGCAGCGAGAAACCAUUGUCUUUUUCAGCUGCGUUUAGCACAUCUAAAUCAGCUUCCGCACCACAGUCAACAGGUUCUGCCGCUUCUACGGCAGCAUUGGCAUCGACAAAAACUUCUAGUUUGGCUGAUGAUUUUGGAGAAUUCAACCUUUUUGGAGAAUAUUCUAGUCUAGCAUCUGUUGGGGAGCAGGAUGACUUUGCAGAUUUUAUGGCUUUCAGUAAUAGCUCUAUUUCAUCUGAGCAAAAGGCAGAUGACAAAUAUGAUGCCCUUAAAGAGGAAGCCAGUCCUGUUUCUCUAACCAGCAACAUGGGCAGCACAGUGAAGGGUGGACAGAAUCCCACUUCUGCAGCUACUAAGUAUGAUGUCUUCAGACAACUUUCUCUGGAAGGGUCUGGACUAGGUGUUGAAGACCUGAAAGAUAACACUCCUUCAGGAAAAAGUGAUGAUGAUUUUGCUGACUUCCACUCCAGCAAACUUUCUUCUAUAAACUCGGACAAAUCCCUGGGAGAGAAAGCUGUGGCUUUCAGACACACCAAAGAAGACUCUGCGUCAGUGAAGUCCUUGGAUCUCCCUUCCAUUGGUGGCAGCAGUGUUGGCAAGGAGGACUCUGAAGAUGCACUCUCUGUUCAGUUUGACAUGAAAUUGGCUGAUGUGGGAGGAGAUCUUAAGCAUGUCAUGUCUGAUAGCUCUUUGGAUUUACCAACAGUUAGUGGCCAGCAUCCUCCUGCUGCAGAUAUAGAGGACUUAAAAUAUGCUGCUUUUGGAAGCUACAGUAGCAAUUUUGCAGUGAGCACACUUACAAGCUAUGACUGGUCAGACAGGGAUGAUGCAUCUCAGGGCAGAAAACUCUCUCCAUUUGUCCUCUCAGCAGGAAGUGGAUCCCCCUCAGCCACCUCAAUUCUUCAAAAGAAAGAGACUUCAUUUGGCAGUUCUGAAAACAUCACCAUGACAUCUCUCUCCAAAGUAACGACCUUUGCAAGUGAAGAUGCUCUUCCAGAGACAACCUUCCCAGCUUUUGCCAGUUUUAAAGACAUGAUUCCUCAGACCUGUGAGCAAAAGGAAUAUGAAAGCAGAGACUAUAAAGAUUUCACAAGACAGGACCUGCCUACGGCUGAACGGAGCCAAGAGGCCACGUGUCCCAGCCCAGCUUCCAGUGGCACCUCUCAAGAAACCCCCAACGAAUGUUCAGAUGACUUUGGAGAGUUUCAAAGUGAAAAGCCCAAAAUCAGCAAAUUUGACUUCUUAGUAGCCACUUCACAAAGCAAAAUGAAAUCCAGUGAAGAAAUGAUCAAAAGUGAGCUGGCAACCUUUGACCUUUCUGUUCAAGGAUCACACAAGAGGAGUUUGAGCCUUGGUGAUAAAGAAAUAAGCCGUUCUUCUGCUUCUCCGGCUUUGGAGCAGCCUUUCAGGGACCGUUCCAAUACUCUCAAUGAGAAGCCCGCGCUGCCUGUCAUCCGAGACAAGUACAAAGACCUGACGGGAGAGGUGGAGGAAAAUGAGAGAUACGCAUAUGAAUGGCAGAGAUGCCUGGGGAGUGCCCUGGAUGUCAUUAAGAAGGCAAAUGAUACCUUAAAUGGAAUCAGUAGUAGUUCUGUUUGCACAGAAGUAAUUCAGUCAGCACAAGGCAUGGAAUAUUUAUUAGGUGUUGUUGAAGUGUACAGGGUAACCAAGCGUGUGGAGCUGGGGAUAAAAGCCACUGCAGUAUGCAGUGAGAAACUCCAGCAGUUGCUGAAGGACAUCGAUAAAGUAUGGAACAACCUAAUCGGCUUCAUGUCACUCGCCACACUCACACCAGAUGAGAACUCGCUGGAUUUUUCCUCCUGUAUGCUACGGCCUGGGAUUAAAAAUGCUCAGGAACUUGCCUGCGGCGUGUGCCUCUUAAAUGUGGACUCAAGGAGCCGGAAAGAAGAGAAGCCUGCAGAAGAACAUCCUAAAAAAGCAUUCAACUCAGAAACAGACAGUUUCAAGCUGGCCUAUGGAGGGCACCAGUAUCACGCCAGCUGUGCCAACUUCUGGAUCAACUGUGUCGAGCCAAAGCCUCCUGGCCUCGUCCUGCCUGACCUGCUCUGAACAACUCCUCUGGGAAGCGUCGGCUUUUUUUUCUGUGACACCCCAUGGGGUGACAGGGACCAAUAACUAGAAUGCGAACGCUGCGCAGCUGGCUGCCGUGACUCUAGAUGAAGAACACCUCAAGGCAUGGAGGACGCUGCAGGGCCCAGUCCUUCCCACGGCCGGUCUUCGGGAUUGGAGGUAAAAUUGUCCCACCCAAACUGCACACGGCACCAGAAGUUUGCUUACUUCUCUCUGCUUUUAAGAUCUUCUAAAAUAUGGACCAUAGCUUUCUUGAUCUAAGGAAUAAUUUGCUGCUGCAGUAUUGAAACUGUGAAGAACUGACAUUUGAAGAAAAAUAUUGUUGCAGGACUGGAAUGGGUGAAUGUUUCGAGCCAGUGCGUGCUUUUAUCUAGGACGCUUACUGUCCUGUGAAGUAGAAUGUGUUUAUCUGCAUUUAGUUUGUUAAUGUCUGCAAUGAAUAAAAAGGGGAAAUUGUGAUUAAACUGAUGUUCUGCUUUUUAUAGAGAAGAUUCUGCCCAUCUCCCCUGGAUAGUGGCAGGCAGGUGAGGGUAGCUUUCACCAACUUUGUUGUCAUAACUGAACCAGUUCUCUACUUUUCUUUCUGUCAACUAUCAAGACUUUUUCCCAAAACAGGCCUGGACACUCUGCUAUAGUGAAGAAUGCUCAUUUUGACGGAGGCCCAAAUCCUGUGUAUCAGGAUAACACCCGUCCCCGCCAGGAGCCUUCACUGCAAACCUGUUUUGCCACAUGCAAAGACUGCGACUGUGAGUUUUCUCGGAUGAGAUUCGGAAAGGCAGUGGGCUGAAAUCUCUUGGCAGUGGCCCGUCUCCAAAUUUCCAAAGAUGACUGCAUAGAGACCAACACUGCCUGACUUCACAGCAGUAUCUUGAGAAAAACCUGAAAAUUAAUUCAGGGAAAAAUGUGGAGUUCUCGGCCUGGUGUAAAGUAGCAAGAUGUAUAUUUAUGGGGUAGAUACAUGACUUAGAAGAAGUAGAAGGAACUUGUUGAGAAAUAGUACUGAAUUUUAGAUGAAAAAGCUCCUGCUUCCCAGUGUAGGGAAUUUUCUUUGCCAUUUAAUUUGAAUGCAUAAAAUUAGAGGGAAAAAGCCAAGUGGCCGAGCGCUGUGUUAUUCCUAGGAAGAACACAGCGAUCUAGGACACACUUCUCUCUGAACUGUUGAUGAUGCGCUUUAUGAAGAGGUUUUUCAGUCUCCUUUACUUUCCUCUGUGUGGCUUCGGCUCUCUGACCUAGACUUAGCUUUUAUUUUUAAACUGAAAAAGUUGGUUUUGUGUAUAUAAUUGCUGCCUUUACAUAAUUUAUUUUCCCCGUCAGGAUAAAUUCUAUCUUGCUCCAUCUUAACAGCUUUUCUGUGUUCUUCACGAAAGGUGUAGAAGGUUUUCAUUAAACAGCUGUUGGUGAGGCGUCUGCUUGACCUUCUGCAUACCCGACUGCACAGGAGGCACUGGGAAGAGAUACGCUUUUCUCACUGGCUCCCGAUGAUACCAUCUCUGGCCAUUCAUGACUGAGGCAGCCCACUCUGAAGUGACACCUUUGGAGCCUUUGCCCACCACAAGGCCAGUGGAGUGUUAGCCAUAACACGGGUGGGACAGUUUUUGGCAGGCUUCUGCAGAGACCUUGGUGCUUUCAUCCUGGGCAGCAGCUGCUCCACAUGGAGCUGGAAUGCAAGCAGGCUUCUAAUUGACCUUAUAAACUUCAUAACAGAACUAUGACAACAGAAUCUGCCUUUGCAGCAAGAAUGUUUCCCAGGAGUUAGAGACCAGCCCUGGGCAAAAAAUAAUUAGCUGGGCAUGGUGGUGGGCAUCGGUGGGCAUUUGUGGUCCCAGCUACUUGGGAAGCUGAGGCGAGAGGAUUGCAUGAGUCCAGGAGUUUGAGGCUGCAGUGAGCUAUGAUCAUGCCACUGCACUCCAGCCUAGACUCUGUCUCUUAAAAAAAAAGUUUCCCAGUUUGAAUUUAUAGUGCUGGAACUUUUCAAAAUGCUCUGUAGACUCCUAUCCCGUCACAGUGGACUAGUAUCGACACUUAAAAAGUAAGCUCACUUGUUAACUGAGCUGGUUUCUAUUUCUGAGAAAUUCCAGAAUGCCUCAGAUAAAACUCCUUAGUACCAAGGACGAUAGGCUUAGUCACUCCUUGGGAGGUGCCACAGGGAAAUUCAGUAGACAUCAACAAAAAAAAGCCUUUGCUAUGAAAAGUAUUCAGUACCUUUCAUAUCUGUUGAAUACUUGAAAUGUUUAAUUAGAUGCCACCAAUGGGGAUCCGAGGAGUGUGGGACACUGUUGCACUGCUUUUCUUUAUAAACGUUUAUAAUGACAGCACUGCAUUCAGCUUCACCUCGGCUCUUCUCGUUAGCCAGGAGCCCUGUGUCCUUGGAAACCGUAACCAAGGUUACUUAUUUCCAUACUGUGUAUUGUGUCGGUGGCUUCACCCCACUGCUUGAAUGGCGAUUAAUAAGCACUUUUCUUUUUUUGGUGGGAUGUUUUGCCUUUAAAAUUUUUAUGGCUUAGUGUGUAAUUUAAUUUUUGUUUGGACAUGCUUGAGCUAGAAGAGGUACUGGAUAUAUUAGGAUAUUUUCCAUGCUUUAUUUUUCCUGUGGUUGCUAGUUAGCAUUUCAUAGGGGUUGUGUGUGUUUAAUUAUUUGGACAUUUUGUGUACAUAUACAUAUUUGAAGGGUCUUGGGGGUCUUGUUUAAGUGUCUUUUCUGUGCCUGUCUAAUAUGUGCUUCAGCUUUGGAAAGAGUAUAGGGGCUGUAUGUUACAGAAACAGGAAAUGCUGUACUGGGGACCACUACAAAAAUUCCCCUGAACACCUUCGAGGUCACAUGCCUUCCUUUGUGAACAGUUAAUAAACUCUGACAUUUUCAGACAUUUGCCAUUCAGACAGGGAGCACUGUAGCCUGCUCUAGACCAUUCCAGCAAAUGUCAGUGUGUGUCGCCUGUAUUUUUUAUGUUUAAGGUAUUUAUUUCUUCAGAUAAGUGUGCACCAAAUAGCAAUAUUGAAAAGCCCACUCCUUGCAAGGCUGAGGAAAUAAAGCUUUAGUGAAACAGUUGGGAGAAAAAUGCCACUUGACACAUGCUUUUUAUAUCAUAAUGAAGCUUUUACUUAAUUUCAUCAUUUAUAUGUUGAUGUGAACGUAAGUGGUUAAAGUACUCACGUGGGACAUCUCAUUACUUUGUAGCUGUGGCUUUAUUAACCAGUGAAUGCUGUGGCCUAGAGCGAAAUGCAUUGCCUUCUGUGUGAUGUGGAAUUUGCUCCUGUAUUUUAAAAGAUGGUAUGUUUUUUUUCCUUGUUUAUAUUUUAAUAACUGCUGUAAUUGAUGUUUAGAUAUUAUAAAGUUUUACCUUUAAAAUAUUUUCAGGGUCUGUUCUGAAAUCACAGAACAAGCCCAGAACAGUUAGCAUUGUUAAACUUCACUAACCAAAACACAAGUGUAGAAGAAUGUCAGGCUACUA